GUUCUUGAGCCGCGUUUCUUGGUAGCCACCUCUUCAUUCCGGCCUCUCUGGGCCUUUCACAUUAAAACACUUUUGAGCGAGCCAACGUCGGUUGGCACACGCCUCAUUGUUUGGGCACCAUCAUGUCCGGAGAGUCAUCGAAGAGGUCAACACUCAUUGACAUAACAUACCAAUACCUGCAUACCAUCCUAGCCAACCACCUAGAAGGUUCCUCACAAGCCGAAGUCUCCGAAUACCUUAAACACCGCGUCGAUCAACUCAAGAAUCUAUCCAAUCCAUUCGGCACACCCUCCGACGCGUCCAAAAAGAAAGUAGAGUCAGGAUCAGUUGCAUUACGAGAUGGCGUCAUCAUACGCGUGGAAGAUACGGACAAGCCAUACGUCUUUGCCAUCAGCAAGGAGUUCAAUAUCGACGAAGUCGAGGCUUUGAUCCUCUUGAGGUCGUUCAUGUACAAUGAAGGUCUCCCUGCUGAAGCUACUUCCGACGAGUCUUCAUCGUAUGUGGAUGAAGUUAUCACUCACAUCACGCCCUUCUAUUACUCGGAACGUCUCUACGCUCUACGUGUGCUCAUCCCGUUGUUGAGCUCUUCGGACGAGGUAAUCAAGGAAGUCUCUGCAGAGUUCCUUCCGAAGAUUGCUCCUAACGGUAAAGAAUGGGCUUUGACGCUUCUUUCCGAAUAUCUCAAGAGGACUCAGGCGGACCUUCCGGGGAACCUCGAUAAUCAGCCACGAAAAGCCGCACAAUGGGUGAAGGAGAAUGCCAAAUCCCAGUUGGUCCUUCUUGAGGUGUUGUUCUGGACAAUGUGGGAAUACGUUCCCGCCAGCGGUCCAAUCGUAUACCGUAUUCUCGAAGUGGCUUACCAGACAAAUAUGGGUUCCGUUCAACAGAACGGUAACUUCCUCCUAGACGACGAGGGUAUUCAGCUCCAGCAAGAUAACGCCGCUAUGUGGAUGCUCGUGCUAAUCGAAGUACUUGAAUUGGAACGAGCAGCUGAUGGUAUCUCGCUCUCCGCUGAUCAAGAAGAAUCAGAGGUCUACUGGACAUCGCCAGAAGACCUCGAACGGUUACAUCAACUGGUUAUCUCUCAUGACAGCAGUCAGUUUGCGUGCCUCUACCUUGGAUGGGCGUUCAUUCUAUCCAAAGUUGUUCAGGCAACGUCAGAGGCAAAGGAGCUUCCGCAAGCAUACAACAAAUUCAUCUCCUCUAUUGUCCCCCAGAUGGAUAGAUCGUAUGCAAAAGACAGAGAGCCUGUCCACGUCCUCAUGACGAAGACCUGUCUUGACCCUGAUGCUGGGUUGUUCCCAUUGCUCCUUACCCUCCUGACCAAUACACCGUUAUUCGUGGCGUCGCUUGCAUGGAAAACUGGUUCCGCCAUUACGGAUCCUAACGCGGUCGCAUUUCGUUCCGUGCUGAAAGGGUUGAUUAUUGCGCUGGUAGAACUCGUGCCGGUAGAACUCAUUCCCCAGUUCGACAUGUUUGUCGAAGUCUGGGUGGCGCUUUUUGGCGGCAGCGAGAGCGUAUCAGUAUCAGGCAUCUGCAACCAAUUCUGGCAAUCAGACUGGAAUGCCGGAUCGUCUCGCAGAGCUGUCUUGGACGUCGCUCGUUCACGAUUUCCUGUUCAGCCCAGACCGUUGCUCCGACUUCUGCGUGCAUUGUCAGGCGCUGGUACUCUCAACUCCGAUCCUUCAAAUGGGGAAAAUGGUACUGUUCUACCACUCACGGGUGAACGAGCAACAUGCUCCGCUAAUGUCUUCUUAUACUUCAACCAACUUCCGACAUAUACCCAAGUCGUCCCAGCGAGCGCCUGUACAGGUGGACAUGCAUUAUACGAGAAGUUGCCAGAGCGUUACAUCGCAUCCGGAGUGUCUACUGGUUUGACUUAUUCGAACCUGCGACCUCUUAAACUGCCAGGUGGUUCUACUCUUCCCGCAAAGUCCGUCGGACGUCUUUUGAAUGGAGAUGGGGGUGAUCUGGUCGUCAUAUGUUGGCAGCACGAGCAUUCGGGGUGGAAAUUGCUAUUAGAGAUCUUGACAGACUACGUGAACCGGAGGAGGCUAUAUUCUGGGAGCGGUUCGCACCAUGACGUUUCAUUUGCUCGACGCGGAGACCACAAGGUGACGGCUGUCAAACUGGAAGACAUUGGCGUAGAGAUGGACCCUGCUGGCGAUGAAAAUAUUGUCGUCGACGCACUCGAUCUAAUUAGGAGCGUCGCGCAGGACAACCCCCUCCUUGCUCAAGACCUACUCGAUACUCUCGAAGCAGGAGAUGUUGUCGUGGCCCAUACUACCACCGAGACAUCACCUCCAGAUUUGGUCCAACUUUCCACGAUGAUCCUCGAAGAAGCCCUUUCGCGAUCAUCACCUCAGCAUCGAACCGCUCCUCGUACUGGUCUUAUCACGUCUGCUCUGGGUGUGCUUUCAGCUCUUCUAACGCUCCCGAAAUAUUCCAACCGCGUGUGGCUGUAUAUUCGCUCAACAGCAUCUCUCUUUGGGUCUGAGCACAACGCCGGCAUCACUUCAACGGUUUUGGCAGCGGAGCGCCUGACCGGCCAAUAUACCAUGACCUUGGCUCUGCUGAGCUUUGUCCAGCAACUAUUCAGCGAAGCUUCAUACACAGUGGCGUCGGUGCUACAGGACAACCCUAAGAUGCAGCAGGUGAAAGAGGAAGUCCUCAUGCGAGCAACCCGGUUCAUCCACUCGGAGAUCUGGAUAGAACACGUCGGAUGGAAGUAUUCUCAAUUGUCUGACCGAUUCAAGAUAGGUCGACGGGUUUCGACGUUGUACAAUUCAAUCCUCAAGCAUUCUCCUCCUGUCCUUCGCGAUGCUCCAUUCACUAAACUGUCUCAAGCAGUGUCUGACUCGCUGCUUGCCAAAGCCACCAUGUCGACGGUCCAUCCAAUUGUCUCCGCCAUCUCAUCAGGUGGUUCUGUCCUCUCGCACCUGUAUGCUUCGCGUCGAUAUGGCGAUGCAAGACGUCUGGUGUACAUGAUGGAUAGUCACUUGCGACUCACACGCACGAUCCUGACAUACAAACCAAAGUCUCCUUAUGCAUCGCAAAUAUGCCUUUUGGAAGAGGUUCUGUGCACCCGCGGGAGUGCUGGUUCGUCUAAUCCCAGCGGAUCACGUACGGAUCCAAUUGAUGCACUGGCGGCGUACGUGAAGCACAGAGCGAUGGGCUCAACCGUUCCUAUCCUAGCAGCGCAAGUGCUUUUUGCACUCUGCUCGUCUCUUUCCGCUUGUGAUGGGAUGCCUCCUACUAUUAUCGGACACCUGUCAGACCCAGAAGGUACCGUGGCGGCGCUGGUGCGCAUUGUUAUGCACCCGUAUGAUGAUGUUGCCUUGCGUCGUGCAGUGUGGAAUUUCAUCACGCUGGCUGUGGAUAAGGAACCUGCUCUUGCCAACCUUUUUGUUACCGGGCAUAUCCAUGCAACCAGCACGAAAGGGAAGGAGAAAACGGACGACAAGGGUGCUAAACCGAAGCUGAGUGCGCUAUCCGUCGCAGUGGACAUGUUGGAACAAUGGAAAGAGCUUUGGGAACUCAAUCCCCUCUCACUGGCAUCUCUACUCCGUUUCUUGCAUGUCGUUUGGGAGCAUGGUCAUGAGCAUAAGACAGCACUGCAAACCAUUCGACAAGACGCUUCGUUCUGGGACUCGCUCGCAUCCAUCGUGCGCGAAGAAUUGGGCCCAUUGCCUGAUUACGUAGUAGAGACGUUUAGCUUUGUGGAAGGCGUGCAACGUUCCGACCUUCAUGAGGCGGUUUCCGUGCAUUCUCUUCGAACCGCUAUCAAAUCGCAUGCCCUCAGUAUCAUUGGCCUGGAUAUCCGAAUGGCCUUACAAGCACAUGGCGACAAGGGCACGGCGACAAAACCUGCCAGCUAUAUCGCUUUACAGAACGUGCUGCAGUCUGAGGAAGAGCUGACAGACCUGAUCGGAGAAGCAGCAUCAAGGACGUACGACCCAUCACUCCAUGAUGAGCUGCUGACACUACUGCAGGAGCAUUUCCAUUCGCUCUCAAUGGACCAACUGCAAGUUCCAGCUCCUCUCGUGGAGCGUGAGUUUGGUGAUGGAUUUGCAUUCUCUUUGGAGUUGAUCCAGGAGCGUUUGCAACCAUUUGAAAGUGUCCUUGCGGAACAGGUUGACGAGGCCGUCCGCAAAUUAUGCUCGAUCAACCUCAAUAUUUCACUGGCUCAUGCCCAAACCACCCUCACCCAGUCUUGGCAAUAUUUCUUGCUACAGGUUGUUCCCUUCUUACGCGGAGUGUCUUCGGUCAGACCUACGCUGCUCGCGAUUGCUGAGUCCGUGUCAGCGGAUUUAGCCGGGGAGAGUAGGUCGGGGGAGAUGAUGGCAGCUAUUCAUCAUGCUCGGCUCUCACUGCUUCUCGCGUUACUGGAGGUUGCGUGGUUCUCAUCAACAGAGAAGAAAGAAGAGAUCACUCAUUUCAUUGCCCUGGUCAAGAAUGUACGCGGAAUCAUUCUCAACAAUGCUCAAUCACCUGCGAAAUCUUUCCUUGGUCAAGUUUCUAUACCAUUCCAUCGAGUGAUCCUCCAAAUCGCCUACUUCUGCAUGCGUCACAGCCGGACUCUCUGGCUUCGACCCAAGAUACUCAACGCUGAGCAACGGCUGAUAGUUACCUCGACAAUGGAAUAUACUCUCAUUCUUGUCAUCGAUGCCCUGCGUAUCUCUUUCGAGGCCGCGCGGACUAAAUUGGACUUGGACGUCGAUCAAGACUUGGAGCUGCUGGUUGCCGUAUUUGAGCAGUCCACCAGACUGGAUUUCAACUCCUCACCGAGCUUCUGGCUGACAAGGUGUCAAGAAACCGAUUUAAUCAGGGCUGGGCUGGAGGUAUUCAGCCGAAUGGAUUUGGUAGGGUUCUCCGACCUCGGUCUGUUGAGGGCUCGCAAACAACCUCUUUACGCUCCUCAUGUUCUCAGCUUCCACGUGGCUCUGGCGAGCAUUCCGUCGGCAGCUGAGAGGCUUGCGAGUGAGGGAAUCCUCACUGCAUACAGCGAGAAUCCUAUCAGUGCCGCUAUCAAGGCAGGUUCCAUCGACGUCCUUUUGCCUGAACUUCCCAAUGAGCAUAGUCCAGCGCAUGCUGCUUAUUGUACUAUGUUAUCUGUGGUCGCCGGCGUCGCCGCCGCCUUAGGUCGACAUGGGCAAUACUUCGACGCCGAAGUCAGCGGCCUCGUACAGCUUUGGUCAGAGCAGAUACACCACACCCUGUCGUGGACGAACGGCGAUCCUCUCACUCUCCCUCUGCUGGAGGAGAUUGAGCAAGUCGUGAACCUGUUCUCGGCUAUCGCUCAGAACUCUCCACUACCCAACCGAUCAGAAGCGGUACAACGUGCCUUGGCUUUCUUCACAAAUGAUGCUCUGCUCUUGCUUCAGCAGGUCAAUUACGCCUUGACUCAUCCCAAUCAUCUCGCUAGUCUGUUCGAGCCAAUUACCGCAAAGGAGAGGGCUGACUUUGAAGCUGACAGUCGGGGCAAGACUUCGAUAAGCUCGCCUACUGAUGUCGUUGAUCCCAUGAAGAGGCCGUUUUUGGCAAAGCUUGUCCACCGGUUCUUCAAGCUGUCUGGUUCGAUUCUCAAUGCUCUGAUUGCGAUCAGUGGAGCUGAGAUCGUACUGACUGGCGAGCCACAAGAUUGGCCAGUGCAUCAAACUCUUGUUGUUCCCGUAAGUUUUCUAGACAUUUAUCCACACAUACUCAUAAUCAUUGACAUUUACAUAUCAGCAUUCCAAAGUCGUGCUGGGCGAACCUGCAUCGAUAGGAACACUCCUUGAACUGGGUAACUGUUCACUGGAUGUCCUCCGUGCUCUAGUCAACCGUCCGGCUAUGCAAGCCAUUACACCUGCUAGCUCAAUCAACUCGAAACCUUUGGAUGUACGAGACAGCGUGAUAGUUGCUAGACGAACGUUAGAAGCUGUCCUCUUCUACUCCGUCACGCAACUAGCAUUAUGGCUCUCAAGACCAGAUAUAGACACAACUCCGAACGAAAUGGACGGUGACGAUGGCAUGGGUAUAAGUAUGUUCGGGCGAGAAAGCCGAACGGGUCAAGACAAGGACAGGAGGACAAAAACCCAAUCGUCGACUUUGGCACAGAGGUUGAGGAGGGGUAUGACGGGUGAGAUGGCAUCAGAUGUGCAAGCUUUGCUUGCGAAGGCCAAACCGAUUGUGGCGAAGACUGAGGGGAUUCUGGGGAAGAAGAGCGUGGAUCUGACGGCGGUGCUUUCGAGAUUCGUGCAGGAGAGGAUCUUGACGUAGUUCAUAGUUGCUUUAUGGUAUAUAUUGCCUGUUUCGGACUCGUUUCUCUUGUUGCAUUAAAUCAUCGAGUGUUUUCGG